AUAUAUAACAGCGAAGCAGGCAGACGGCCAGUUCAGAGGGAAAGAAACAGCAUCCAGAGGAACCCAGAGAUGAUCAGAGGACUAAUUCUUACAGGACUACUGGUCCUGGUUUGGCACCAGAUGGAUGUACAAGCGCAUACGUUGAGCAGACACAGUUCUGCCACCAACAUGGCCAAGCUGAAGAGCUUGUUGCAGCAGUUUGAGGAGGCCCUGACCGCAGAAGAAGCUUCCGAGAGAGCCGUAGAUUAUGAAGACAGCAAAACCGUGCAGGAGCAGAGCCCCGCUUCCACAUUCUGGGACAGAGACAGAGAGGAAGAAGCACCUCCAGCGGAGGACACCAACCCCCCAGAUGGAUUUGAGACACAGAGAAAUCGCCUUAUAGAUCUUCUCAUGUCAACCCGGAGCAAAAGCCUGUCUGGCUGUUUUGGGGGAAGGCUGGAUCGCAUAGGGUCAUCCAGCUCCCUUGGGUGCAACUCUAAAAAAGGUUAGCUAAGAUGAGUGAAUUCAGUGACGUUAAAAUUACAAUAUAUUUUUAUGGUAUAUAAAUUAUUUUACAUGUGGAUAGUUGUCCAUGAACUUUUUUUCAUUCAAAAUUAGGAUUUUAGAUUAAAAUUUGCAUAUAUUUAAAAAGGGGAAAGUACAUCUAAAUCUAAGGUCCUGUAACUGUCACUUAUCAACUUAGAUAAUUAAUGUGGUUCAGAUAAUAUAAUAUUUUGAGUUUCUGAUGAUUGAACCAAUUGCCUUCAUUGUAUUAACUCAAAUUUUUAAUUUCAAUGAACUUAAAAUUUUAAGGCAACCAGGUAACUUACUUUUUUAAGUUAAACCAACAAUUCUUUUUUAAAGUGUUACUCGUAAUUUUCUAGCCAGGACAUUUUCUGUUGUUUAUGCACAUUUCCUUUAACCCUAAAGCACAACACAACACAAUGCAAUGGGCAAUCCAAAUAUGGGUAACACUUGUGAAAAAUUAAAACGGAAAAGUUCAUAUUAACACAGUGACCUGACCUUUCUUAGAGUGCAGUCUCUCAUAUAAAUAUGAGCUCAUAAAAACUGUAAUUAGUAAUUAUAGUUAACAUCUGUAGAAGGAGUAGAAAACAGGGAAAUGAAAGCAAAAUGUUACAAAAUGUAUGUUAAACUGAAACUGUGUGAAAAUUGUGUUUAAAUCUCGAGUUAUUUAAACAAGAAAACUAAUGUAAAAUGUGGAAAUUAAACCAACAAGACUUUGUUACAAAACACUUCCAUAUUUUGCAAUCCCUGUAUUGUCAUCUGCUUUAUAUUAUCUCAUGGUUCAUAUUUGUUUGAUAUAUUUAUUAUUAUGUACAAGUAGUUGAGUGCUAAUAGGAAUGUUGAAAUACAUACAGUAUAUGACAUAAUUAUGUGUAUUUACUUAAUCUGCAUUCAUUUAUGAGGUUUAUGAGAUUUUAAUACUCCCUGCUGGUGUUCAGUUCUGCUGGGCUUUAUCUAAGUAGCACUUCUGUUAUUCUUUUUGUGUGUCACACAUUUCUACAGCUGAAACUGUACUUAGAAAUAAAAUGUAAAACAAAUGACAAUUUUGUUUCAAGAACAGUAAGUUUGGAUGCCAGGUUUUGAGGUCUUUGAGGUGUAGUGUUGAAUGAUAAUAAAAUCCUUGAUUAAAA